UUACCAUGCACACCAUCCAGUUUACGUGGCCGAAAUUUUAUUCGGCCAUUUUCUGGUUGGUUUGCGCUUACUGGACCCGUUGCUGUACAGAACGGAAACCCCAAACAUCCCUGUGGUUCAUCCUGAUGGGAAUUUCCAAAUCCUCACAGAAUCUCCUGCUCCCAGACAAGAUUUGACAGUCCCUUUCAUUCUGAUCAUAGUACUGCCAUGUGUGAUUGGCAUCCUGCUGUGCCUGGUUCUGAGUUAUAUCAUGUUUGGAAGAAGACAGGGAGUCAGGAAGAGAAAUGCAGGGACAACAGAUCAUCAACUUCAGCAGUUUGUGUCCAUUAAGAAGGCCACCAGCAACCUGCGCCAGAUGUCACACAAGAGGCAGGAGUCCAUGCCGGGCACUCCGGUGUCUUCGUCACAUUUCCGUCCACAGGGACAGUCCACUCCUGUGGGUAACACGCCUGGAUAUACUCCGCCAUCACUCAGGUCAGGACACGAAGGCUCUACUGUGGCGCCCCCGCCUUACAGAUUACCUCCUGUCUACCCUCCCCAUGAUGCUUCACUCAGCCCCAGUCCAGUGACACCUACUGGUGGUGAACGUACUGGUGACCAGGAACAACUGGUGUCUUCAUAAACCAUCUGUGUCACCAGGUCCCCAAAAGGCUUUGCCAAAUGACACGAGAUGGGAGAGAGGAAGCUUGUACCGAAGACAACAAAUGACAGAUGUGACCUAAGACUUUUGUUAUUGCAUCAUGCAUGAUGAUUAUAUUCAGAAGUAUUGACUUGCAUGUCUGAGAACUAGCCUGAUUGAGAUUCAGAUUCUGGCAGUUGCUCUUUUGAAUUGACAGGGAACCAAUCUGCUUUCAACAUCUGACCUUUACCUUCUUUUCAUUUAGUUUUUAUUUCAGCUAUUACAAACCAUUUCCACUCUCUGGAUUUCAGACUUUGGGUAUUAGGGGCCUGAGGCAUCAGGGCUUUACUGAUUUAGUGCUGGAGCUUAUAAAUUGAACCUCCUUCAACAACAGUGAAAUGUAAAUGAGAAUAUUUUGCACAUAGUAAAUGUUGCCCUUUCUUAAACACUAAAAUGCUCUGGUAUUGAAUGCAUUACUUCAGUGCAUUAUCUGCUAUCUAACAUGUACAAUGUACAUAGGGCAAGCUAAGAAAAAUAUAAUAAACUAUAACUAAAGGGUGCCCAUUAUUUAUCAUCUUCUAAUAGAAAUUGUGCUUACACAAUUAUGCAUCAAACAAGGAUAGCAAAUAGUUGAUAGACAAACCCAUAGAGAGGUAAAGUAAUGCAAAUUGAUGGAUGUUUACAUUGAACUCUUUCAUAGUAUUGAUGUAAAACGUUUAGAAGAAAUGGUGACACUGUAAGAAAGAAGAAAACACUGCUCUCUGUACAUAAAUGCCAAGUUUUAACUUAUUCUCAUAUUUUAAUUGAUAUUUAAUGUUAAAUUGGUCUUCUUAUUAAACAGUACAUGAAAAUGCAUGUAUUUUAGGUGUAAUGUAUUGGGAUUAUGUUAUCUUCAAUAUUGUUACAGAGGUGACAUUUUGUAGCAAUUGCGUUGUGAUAGAGGCGACAUCUUGUAGCAAUUGUUUUUACUUCUCUAGAACAAUUAGUUUUCAAGGAAAGGAAUGAGUAACCAUAUGUUAUUUAUGGAUGUUAAGUCAUUUUAGACCAUGCAUCUUUGCCAAACUUUUUUGUCACUUUGAACUAUUUUCCAGUUUUUUGAAAGAUUUACUUUUCUGUUAGUUAUUUACCAAAAUGCUCAUCCUAGAGUCUUUUCCUAUGAAUUUGUGUUCUUACACUCCAAAACAUCAGUCUGAUGGUUAUUUCUUCAAAAUCUUUAUCAUUUAAUAACAAAAAAAUCAUAAGAAUGAACUAUAACUGCCAUGUUGCAGUUAAUCGGUGUCACAGCAUUUUACAUGUGUUAAUGAAUAUAAUAAACAGUUACCUCAACCAAGGAGGCCAUGUUUUGACUUGAUCUAUUAGUUAACAGACUAACUGAAUAUGUUAUGGACAGGUUUUGACCAAAUUUUCAAUUUAAUUUUUACCAUUACAUGAGUGUUAUUAAGGUCCCACUGUUUAUUAAGUAUUCAGACUAUCUAGUGUUUCCCUCAUGUUACUCCUAUGUACAUGUGUAUUGUCUGCCCAGUCUGCUCCAGCCAUCCUGAAUGUAGAACUGAAGCUGAAAGGGAAAAGUGGAAUUGAAUAAGUUAAUGUAGUAUUUAUUAAAUUGUUAACCUGAGCUUCAUGAGCGUAUCUUCUUUUUGGAAGUAAAAUGUUCUCCGCUACAAAAAAAAGUAUGAGGAAAUUUUAAUUAUUUUCCUUUAUCAUCAAACUGUUGACAAAAUAAUCCUCUGCCCGCGUUUUUU